AGGGAGGAAAGGAAUGAAAAAGAGAGAGAGAGGAAAAGAGGGAGGGGGUGACUAGCGGUAGAAAGCAGAGGCUGCAAGCUGUCUGGCUGGUGACAAGGGCAGGCGAGCCGAGCGAGAGGAGGGAGAUGCUGGGAGUAACGAGGUCCUCCAGCACAAUGCAGCCUCUCAGCGUGGGCACUACAGAAAGGCGGCAUCGAGCCGAGGGAUUUGAAGGAUUCCUCCGUUCAAGGGCAGGCAAGUGAUGCGAGGCUCUGCUCGAAGACGCGGGCUUGACGUGAACUUUCUCAGCCGCAGGGAUGUGCAUUUUCUUCUUCAUGGUCUGAAGGGCUUCACGGGGCAUGAUGCUGGAGUCUGCCUGGCUGACAUCCUCAUGGUGAAAAGCUCAGACCUCAGACUGGAGGCGUGAUGGAUGAUGGACUCUCCGCAGGGAUCCUGUGAUCGCUCUCCGUGGACUAUAUAACCCUAAGCUCCUCUCUUUCUGAUCCAUGUGGCAGGUAGACUUCUUCUGCUGACUGUCUGUCAAUGACUGUCUGUCUUCUUUUCUUAACACUCAACACUGAUGCAUGGUGCAUGGAUGCGACUUAGUCCCAAGAAGGCGACAAGGGGAUGCCGUUUUUUACCUUCCCAUCGAAUCCGUUAAACAGUAGUCUCAGUUGCUUUGGUUUAUUGCUUCAGUAUUACUUGUCUGGUUCAGACACAGACUCAUCUGUAUGCUGGAAGGUUAGGAAGGUUGGGAAGGCUGCAGGUAAUGAAUUUUUCAAGUAAUAAAUUUUUGUUGCAGCUGCCUACGUGCUUACGGCUUGAGGAUAAAUGAGAAUGAAUGAAAGAUCUAAGGUCUGAGAGUCUAAGGUUCAAGGGAGACAUGUGGGAGACUAACGGUGAUGAGAUCAGUGGACACAAAGAACACUGGUAGCAGCAAUCUGGGGAAAGAAGCCUCUCCAGGGAAAAAGAACAGAACAAUUAUUUUCUCCACUCCACAAAUGCUUAUUUGAAUCCUUUUUUUCCUUUCUGUUGGUUGGUCUGUUGGUUGCGGUCAUACCAUAAAGAAGAGACUUAAAGACUUUUCCCAGAUCAGAUCAAUCUAUGUCUGUGUCUGUCUGCUUGCAAAGCUUGGAUCUCAUGGAGCGUACUGGCAUAGCACACCAUAAAACCACCUACCUCAUCUCGCUAACUCUGGUCAAGGUUGAGACGUCCGAAGAACAUGGGGUGGAAAAGGCCAGGCAAAGUGCGGAGGGCGAGACGAGUCAAGCUGAAGGAAAACAGGGGCCUCCAAAAGCUCGAGGCUCGAGCAACGGGGUUCAGCAUCUACAGAAACAAGAAGAGGUCACUGAGCUCAAAGCAGAACAGGAAAUACUUCCAGGCCCCAGGGACCAUAAAGCACUUUUUACAGAUGGUGCUCUCCCGGGUGACAGGCAAAAAUCAAUAACCUCAUCUGCAGCAGAAAACGGUGGUGGUGCUGCAGGAGAAGCCAAAGCAGCUGCUAAACCAUCUACAGCCAAGGAAGUAGCAGAACUAACCCAACCCCCCGCCACGGGCAACGUCUCAGGACGUGUUUGCAAGCGGCCUAUGUCCCUCCUAAAGGCGCACAGCGGCGCUCUCAGCAGCCGGGAAUUGCGAGAGGCCAGGGAUAUCAUGCACGCCUCCUCUAAGAGCCUGGACCGUAAGGACAGCAGGUCUGCAAUCCAAUCCCCUGCGAGCCCUGCUCCAGGUUCCUUCAGGGCAUCCUGGGCUGUGUGUGAUGCAAGACCCUGUCAGGAGGAUCUGAAAGGAGACACUGGAGGUAAAUCAUCCACUGAUGGAGUGAUAGCCAUGCGGAGCCAGAGCCCAAGAGCAGAGAGGUUGAAAGCAGGGUCAACGUCUCUUCCAGCUCCCGUCACCAUGGUCUCCAAGCCUCAGCGCAAAGGGAAAAGUCGCACCUUGGACAACAGUGACCUGAACUGCCUCUCUGAGGACCUCCUGAAAGGAAAAGGUGGCCAAGUGGCUUCAGACAUGAAGGCAGGUCAAUCACAGGGGGCAUCGACACGAGACCGCAAGAUGCUCCGGUUCAUUAGUGGCAUUUUCAACAAAAGUACCCAAGUCCCAGCCGGUGCUGGAACAGGUCCCCAAACUCUGGGCAUGUCACAGAGGGAAUCCAGUGAGGAUGAAGCGUUGUGCUCCAACAGUCAGGAAUGGACCCUGAUUCGUUCAAUUCCAGAGCUGAGAUUGGGGGUGCUGGGGAGCAUUCGGAGUGGAAAAACUGCUCUGAUAAACAGAUUCAUCACAGGAAGUUACCUGCCCGGGGAGUCACAUGAGGGUGGGAGAUAUAAGAAGGAGGUGUUGGUUGAUGGACAAAGUCACCUGCUGAUGAUUCGAGAGGAAUCGAACCCUCCCAGCCCACAGUUCAGCAGCUGGGUGGACGCGGUCAUCAUCGUCUUCAGUCUGGAAAACGAGGCCAGUUUUCAGGAGGUGUAUAAGAGCUUUAGUGAACUGAGCGCUCACCGCAACACGGCCGACAUCACCCUCGUGGUAGUGGGUUCACAAGAUAAGAUCAGCAGCACUAAUGUCCGUGUGAUCGAGGAUAAGCGCGUUCAGCAGCUCUGUGCAGAUAUGAAGCGCUGUACCUACUACGAGACCUGCGCCACCUACGGGCUGAACGUGGACCGAGUCUUCACUGAAGUAUCUCAGAAGAUAGUGACGGCUAAGAAGCAAGCAGCUCUUCUGGCUUCCUGCAAAUCCCUUCCCAACUCCCCGAGUCACUCCGGAGCUUCAACACCGAUAUCUGCUCCAUUCCCGGGACAGGCCAGUAAUGGGGGUCAGAGUAGUGAUUACUCCUCCUCUUUGCCCUCCACCCCUGUGAUAGGUCACAGAGACAUACGGGGCGGGGCAGGGGGAGAGGGGGGCUCCCAGAGGAACGUUCCCCGCCGACGGACCUCCUUAUUCACGAAUCGGCGGGGGAGCGACUCGGAGAGGAGGACUCCCGACAGCAGAGCUGAUGGAGGAGGAAGCAGACCAAUCAGACAGGGCACUUUAUUGAAACGCAGUGAACGCUCAUUAAACAAGGAGUGGAAGAAGAAGUUUGUCACACUCUCGAACAACGGCAUGCUGAUGUACCAUUCAAACGCCAACGACUAUAAGCAGAAUACCCACGGUAAGGAGAUGGAUCUUCUGCGUGUGACUGUAAAAGUACCUGGAAAGCGUCUUCACCGGGCAGCACCUCCACCUGGCCCCGCCCCUGGAGUCAACGGCCUUACUAAAGACAAGACAGCACCUGAGGGGGGAACUUCCUCGAAUCUUCUGACUGUGGAUGAGGUGGUAGGCACAGGAAUGCUGCCCCAAGAUGAUCAACGAGUCAAACGCUGCCCUUCAUCUCUGUCUAAUAAGGCUGUGAGCAUGGACUCCAGUAUGGAGGGGGCUGUGGGUUCUCUGGCCAAAGAUGCUCCAUCCUCACCACUGACCGACAGGAAGAAGACCAAGAGGAAGAAGAGCAUGAACGUAAAAGGAGACAUGGCAGCCAGUCAGGCUGAUGCCAAGCGCAAAAUGUGGAAAUUGAAAAGCUUUGGUAGCUUGAGAAACAUUAACAGGACAGAGGAGGAGAGCGUAGAUUUCAUCAUCAUUUCCAGCUCGGGGCAGAGCUGGCACUUCGAAGCCCAGAGUCAGGAGGACCGGGACGCUUGGGUUCAGGCCAUCGAGAGCCAGAUCCUGGCCUCUCUGCAGCUCUGUGAAAGCAGGAAUAAGACUCGAAGGUGCAGUCAGAGUGAAGCUGUUGCAAUACAAGCCAUUCGCAAUGCCAAAGGCAAUGACCUGUGUGUGGACUGUGAAGCCCCAAAUCCCACCUGGGCUAGUCUGAACUUGGGAGCACUGAUUUGCAUUGAGUGCUCAGGAAUUCAUCGUAAUCUCGGGACGCAUUUAUCCCGGGUGCGCUCUCUGGAUCUGGACGACUGGCCCAGUGAGCUCACCAAGGUGCUAACGGCUAUCGGCAACCACAUGGCCAACAGCGUCUGGGAGAAGUGUACACAAGGACGACAAAAAACAACACCUGAAGCAACGAGAGAGCAGAGAGAGUCGUGGAUCAGGGCUAAAUAUGAGCAGAAGCUGUUUGUGGCGCCCUUGCCGGCGCAGGCUGAGGGCCCAGGGGAGGUGACGUCGGCUCAGCUGCUGAGCGCCGUCACGGACCGAGACCUUCCCCGGAUCCUGCUGCUGCUGGCCCACAGCACCAAGGAGCAGCUCAACGCCCCGCCGGCCGGAUCCCCAAUCCAGCCCCAAAGCCCCCUACACGCCGCCUGCCAACUGGGGGACGUGGUCAUGACUCAGCUUCUAGUCUGGUACGGCAGCGACGUAAAAGCAAAAAAUCCCCAAGGCCAAACAGCUCUAACACUGGCGCGGCAAGCUGGGAGCCAAGAGUGCGUUGAGAUCCUUCUCCAACACGGCUGCCCCAGCGAGACCUCACCAACCACCCCCACCCCCGUUCUGUCUCGCAAAGGUAGCAUCACGAGUCUCGGACGUGUCAACUCGCGGAGACGGGUCUCGUAACUAAGAAAAACAUCACCAUGGACAGAUAAACUUUCUUCCUUUCUGACAAAAAAACUGCUCCAUUUUUAUUUAAUUUUCUUACCAGGCUGUGUUUGUCUCAGUGGAUGUUUUUCUCUGUCCUCAUGUCAUUAUAAACGUCCAAUCGGAAACGUCCUCAGAAAAAAAAGCAAAAAACUUUCCUGUCAAUGUUCGAAAUUAGCAAGACGGCUUCAGAGGAAUGGAAAAGGCUUUUUUUUUUCAAGUACAGAUACUGUUUUCAGUCAAAAGCAAUAUUAUACAUGCUAAUUACACUGUAGUAUAUCUAUUACAACGUUAAAAAUAAUAAUGUAGCUUAGAGAGUUGUUUCUCAAAGCAAUCUGAGGACAUGUAUUCAACAUUACUGUAUGACUGUCAUAAAAACAACUGUUCCUUAUAAUAAGCAACUGAAUCGAAGGCAAAUGAUCAUGUUUAUAUGGGAAAAGGAAUAGUAUUUGUCAUUGUGCAGCAUUUCUAUAUACUAGAGUUAAUAAACUACAAUCUUUAAA